AUGGAAAAGCUGCCAACCAUCAUUCUCCCUAUUGGCUCUGACGGCGAUGUCACCGCAGCAAGCCCUCGGACUGCUUCCUUGGGGCCGUGGGAUCAACCCAAGAGUCCUUCCAGGAAAUCCCCUCUGCGUCUAGGGGGUAUUCGUUUGCGUUGCUCGCGGCCUCAGCAGCUCGUGGAAGACUUUUACGUGAAGCGGCUGGGCAUGCAGGAGUUGGUACUUGGCGCAUCUUCCGGCCCCCAUCCAGGCUGCGCUCUGGGGGAUGACCUAGGUGCUUUCAAAGCCUCUCUCAAGGAGUCUGAUGGAGUGCCUAGCUGGAGCGGCAGCAGGCGCACUAGUUUCGCUAGUCAGCAAUCAGGCAGGAUCGCCAGUGUCGGAUCUUCUCCUUCUGCCCAACGGUUCGUCGCGUUCGAGUUCUUCUCUACCUCUGAAGUGGAAGAGGCCGUGAUGGAAGCGCUUGAAUUGGGGGAAUGCAGCCAAUCUCAACGUACGUCAGCCCCUAACGCCAAAACAGAAUCCUUCUCAGUCUCAGCAAAUCAAACACUUCUCGGUGUUGCGCUUUUCUGCUCCUUCUCAGCUCCUCAGAAGAGUUGGCUGGGGAAUUCCUUUGGGCAGUUCGUGCUGGAGUGCGUCCCCGUUCAAAAGGUGCAGGGCCUUUACAAGCCGUAUGAGCACCAUCGGUCAGACGUAUUCAGUCGCCUCUCCUUUUGCGUUUCUGACGUGGAUGCGGCGGCACUCGAUUUGUCGCAGCACAUGAUUCGCGUACAGCCAGCUGGCCAGUUCUUGAACAUGGCUUACGCUGCAAGUUUCCUGGACCCCCAAAACUUUAGAGGCCGCUUGCUCCAGUUCACGAGCGAGUACAAAAUGGUUUCAAGGAAGGCAUAUCUUAGCGGGGAGGGGAAGCGGUUUGGCUCUUUGAGCAUUGAGCCACCCAGUAGGCGGCGGAUUGGAGGAGCAGAUAAGGACAAGCGCUCUAUCUCUGAUGUUGCUGACGAACUGCUGCUACAGAAUGAAGAGGUUGAAGGCACAGGCAGAUCCCCCUCAGCCCUUACCAGCUCAUUCUCAAGCACUUCCUCUAGUGCGGCGUCCCUGUUUCAAGCCGAACGCGAGGGCUGCCUGCCCGCUCCCUCCGCGGAGGAUCUGAAGGCUGGGGAAUCAGAGGAGAGUUUUAAUCGGUGUCACUCCAUCCGUUUCGACACGCUUCCUAUCGAGAGACUCCCUGUGCUCCACCAUAUCGAGAUAGUUGCUGCGGAUCUCGAAAAGGCCCUUACAUUUUACGAGGAGGUCAUGGGAAUGACGCUCAUCGAAAAGAAAACAGCACAUGGGUUUGGAUUCACUUUGUAUUAUUUAGCAUGCGAUACCCCCACCCAGACGUCGUACCAGUACUGGCUCUGGCUACAACGCUUCUCUUGCAUCUGCAUCAGGGCGAAUGACUCGAGCAAGACGCAUCGAUACCGCGACUUAGAUCCAGCGGAGUGUGGAUUUUUGGGCAUUUCCUUCCUUUGUCCCGAAUCAGAAGAAGAAAACCUUUUGAAACAUUUCCACUCCAAAAGUGUAAACGUCAAUUAUGUAGAAGAUGAAGUAUAUGGCCGAAAGGUCAUGCUGCUGAGAGACCCCCAGAAUGUGGCCAUUCGCAUUGUAGUUACCAACUGA